GUUGAUAAAAUAUUUGCCCUUGUUUAUUUUCCUGUGAUAAAUAUUUUAAUUUAUUAUUUAAAAAUCAGAAUUGAUCAUAACUGUUUAUACAUGUGAAUAUAAUCAUCAUUUCGAAUUAAUAUCCUGUAUUUGCUCAAGAUAUUUUUCACAAUUGCAAAAUGAAUGAUGGGAGUUCCAAAAAGAUUCUAUUUAACAAAUCUACACUGUUUAGUUUAAAAGCUGAGCUACUGAGAAAGCAAGAGGAAGUUAAUGAGAAAAGGCGGCUGCCACAGCACAAGAUAGAAAACUUCAAACCGCCGCCUGCUCGAGAGAAAGAGAAAGAUCAGGACAAAGAUACAAAAACAGCAUAUAAGAAAACUUUCAAAGAUAGUUUACAAGCAGUUGAUACUGAGGAACUUGAAGCUUGUCGGAAGGCAAAGUUAGCUUUAGAGAAGAAAGCGGAGUUGUACGAGCAUUUGUCCGAUGGAGCUGGGAACUCACAGCUGGCCAGCCGGUUUCUUGUGGACUUCAAUACUAAGAAACAACAGGAGCCUGAGAAGCCAGUGGAAGUUCCCCCUGAGCAACCUACUCAAAAUAGUGCUAAUGAUGAUGAUGAAUGGACUGAAUUCACAGACUGUCUUGGCCGAACACGAAAAUGUCACAAAUCUGACAUUAGUUUGUUUUUGAAGAGAGACGCUGAACUUAUGAGAGCAAUAAACAAAGAUAAACCUACAUCUAGUCAGGAGGAAGUCAGCAAACCAGAGGAGCCGAGUGUACCAGAGAAAGAAAAGCCAUUGUUGGUUCAAACUACGAAUGAGUAUUUGCAAUCAUUACGUGAGAAAUGGGAGGAGAAAGAAAGGGAAUUGCUGGCUAAAGACAAGGAUAUUCACUAUCAAGACUUGUUGUUUGAUGAGGCGCGUAUCCACGGUGUUGGAUACUAUUCAUUCAGUACCGAUGAGACUGAGCGUCGGAAACAGAUGGAAGAGCUGAUCAAGCGUCGCGAGGAAACCCUGAAGGCACAACAAGAGGCUGAACAAGUUCGCAAGAAGAGGGACGAGUUGAUUGCUGCGAGGGUAGCUGCUGCGAGGGCCCGGCAGAGGGCCAGGGCUGGACUACCACCGGAGGAGCCUAAAGAUAAUCAAAAAGACUUCACUACCUGCUUACUAGAGUUCUUAACACAGCAGAAGAACGAAGCAGACGCUAAAGCGAAAGAAAAAGAGAAUAAACUGAAAAUGGAACAAGAAAAAGAGAGGCAGAAAUUACGAGAAGCGUAUGUUCGUGAAUGGGAUAUAGGGAAAGAUGGUGUUGAUGGCAAGGUUAAGAAAUUCAGGGAGAUGACGCAAGAAGAGUAUGUCGAACAACAAAGAGAUAAGAGGAUUAAUGAAUUUGCGCCAACACAAGCUUCCACAUCUGGUAUUGCUGUAUUUGACGACAAAGGAAAUAUGGUUGGUAAUAAAGACCCACCUGCUACAAAAACUUGGGCAGAUGUUAGACCUCGAGUUAAGACGCCACCACCGCCAGAAAUUGGAGACGUAAGUGAAAUAACAAAAGGGCUGUAUUUCUCAUCUGCCUCCAAUAAGGAGGAAAGACCAGUUAAAUAUAGGAACUUUGUCAGAGCCCAAGAACCUACGCCUAUUAUAGAUGAAUUAGAAGAUGCAAAUCCUGCUCCUGAAGAAACUAGUACAGAAAAGAGGAAACAUGAUUCCGUUGGUGUAGAAGUUCCGCCUCCUCCAACAUUUGAAUAUUAUGGACCAACCAUAAAGCAAACGAAGUUCGAUAAACCUUUUGAAUCAGAUAUAAGGGAAGCAUACAGCCAAGGAGCAAAGAGUUUGGAAACCAAGUCGAGUGGUAGACAGUUGCCAAAACAUUACGACUUUACCUUUGAUUAAUUUGAGACAGUAAAUAAAACAAUACAAAGUUA